AUGAUUCUUCUCGUACCGAUGCAGUUCGCAUACACGCUCGGCAGCUCUUGGGUGUGGGUCCAUCCGCCUCCGUUUCUUCGCUCACUGCCACCCUCUCUAACGACGAAGGAGGAAUCAGUCAUAGGAAAAGACAAGAGAAUGAUGCGUCGUGUCUGCAGCAACACCGUUCGCCGCAACGGUGGCUCCAUGGCCAAGCUGGCCGAGUCGAAGGCGGUGGUGCAGCCCUCUCUCGUGGAGUCCCGCCGCCAUCUGGAGCCGAUGAGCGUGUGGUACCUCGCCUCGUGGACGUGUGUGUGGUGGUACUCGUUCUUCUUCUGGCUUCCUGUGCUGUGGGCCGACAUGAUCGUUCCGUCCUUUGUGUACAACAAGCUGCCGGUCAUUCACUUCAUCCAGGAGAAGCGUGCCGAGCAGAAGCUGCGCCGUGUGCUCGAUGAGACGUGCACGCAGUGGAAUACGGAGCUGGAGGCCUCGCACAUCACCGAUGCCAUUGCUCGUACAUUCUAA